AUGAGUGGAAACGAAGUCGAUAAUGAGAAGGUGAUUUGCGAUAGAGUAAAAACAGCGUACAAAGCAGGACAAACCAAGGAAGAGGUCAGGGAUAUCUACAAUGGGUUGGCAGAUAUUUACGACACUUAUUCACAGCCUGACCAAUAUCAAGGUCCGGUACAAACAGCCAUUGAAUGCUGUGAAGUUAUACCAGAAGCAAACAGAGAGGGUGCCUUAGUGCUCGAUGUGGCUGCUGGAACAGGAUUACUUGGCAAAGAGCUGCAGCUGAGAGGUUUCAGAAAUCUGCAUGCAUUGGAACCAUCAACAAAAAUGUUAGAGAAGGCCAACACUCGGAAUAUUUAUAAGAAAUUCAUCAACGAGUUUAUAUCGGAGGAGGCACUGGUCCAGGUAGCAGCUGAUACUUAUGACAUCGUUGCGUCAUGUGGAGGAAUGGGUCAAGGUCACAUUCCGGCAGGUGCAGUAUGGGAGAUGUUAAGAAUAACCCGUAAAGGUGGGUUUAUCAUCCUAGCGAUGCGAGAGGAAUACCUGAGACAUCCGCAAUAUGACGGUAUACUGGAAGUGUUGAUGGAAAACAUGGAGGAAACUGGAAAAUGGAAAACGAUUAAAAAAAGGAUAAUUGCGAAGUGGUUUAUGAAAAUGGACGGAGUUGUAUUUGUAUUUGAGAAGGCGUAA